AUGCACUUCACCAAGCUCAUUGCCCUCGCUCUCGCCGCCAUCGCACCUAUUGCGGUCGCAGCUCCGUUUCAAUUGGAGGAGCGACAGAGCAACAGCUGCCAACAGGCGUUAGCCGCCCUCGCCGGAACCGUUGCCUAUUAUAAAGGCGUUACCAAAACCUGGACUGGCAACGCAGCUACUGCGGCCAAUACUGAGAUUAAAAAAUUGGAAAAGGCGGGUCAGUCUAUAAAAACGGCGUGCUCUCAGAUGGACCAGGCGAUUUCGAGUGCGGAUCAGAGUUAUAAGCAAACAGAGAGCCAUAACUCGAACGUCUGGGGGUAG